AAUUUAACAACAUUUGGUUAUCAGUUAAUGUCGGCAAAGACCUUUUUUAUAUAAUCAUUGAUAGACGUUGACAUAGUCAGAUUUAAUAAAGUUGACUUUGUGAAAUCUAGAGAAAAUCAUUACAUAUUAAUAUAUUAUUGUGCCGCUGGAUGACCUAUUGUAAAAAUUCAUACGAUUAAAGAUAUAAUAAACGUAUAUUUCCUUGGCUUAGUGGUAUGUAAGUUGUCCGCUCGAUUUUUAGCAAACCCAGAAUUAUUUCCUGAUAUCGAGUCACAUACUUAAAGAAAAAUAUGUAGAGACGAGGGAUGUGAUAUGAUUAAUAUUAUGUAGGCACGAAAACGUUAGUUAAAAAUGUCAAUUGUGCUUGAGUGGACUUAAUCUUUCAUAUAAAUUGAAAAUAUUUGUACAUAUUAGUUGAUACCGUCACACCGCACACGUUAUUGUUUCAAUUAUCAAUUAAUAUAAUGAUAAGGUUUCAAGAUAUUAAUUAUCUCAAAAAUUUAUUACUAUUGAUUGUACUUUUAUCGGUUAUGAAACACUGCUAAUAUUUCAGUGUACAUUAUUUAGUAAAUGAUAGUGUACAAAAAAUGUUAUUGUAAUUUUAAAUGUAUUUGAAAUAAAUAAUAAGAGAUGAGUAAAAAAGAAAACGUCGAUAUAGGUACCGCCCUAGAGGCAGUGAUAACAAGUGUGGGAGAGUUAGGAUGGUAUCAAAGACUGUUGUUCGUUGGUAUUUUACCGUUUGGAUUUGCCUGGGCGUUCAGUUAUUUUGGGCAGAUGUUCAUAACGGCCACGCCUCAAGAACAUUGGUGCAGAGUUCCUGAGUUACAAUCCCUCACUAUUGAGAUGAGGCGACACUUAUCAGCGCCACGCACUGGUGAUUACAAUAUAGAUAGUUGUAAGACAUUUGACGUCAACUGGACACAUGUGUUAGAAUCCCUACGCCCGCCAGAUCCUGACACUGCAUUACUCAAAUGUCAACAUGGCUGGGAAUUCCUCUUUGAAGACAUUCCUUACUCUACUAUAGUUAAUGAGCGGGAAUGGGUCUGCGAUAAAGCCAACUUGGUGCCUUGGUCCCAAUCUAUCAGUUUCUUGGGAUCAAUAACUGGCGGGAUUCUGUGUGGGGUGUUGGCAGAUAAAUAUGGCCGAAUGCCUGUUCUUGUGUUGUCCAAUUCUCUUGGAGUGAUUGGUAAUAUUGCGACAAUAUUCACGACUGAUUUCUGGGACUUUGCCAUUUGUCGCUUCAUUGCCGGAAUGUGUGUUGACAGCUGUUUUAUACUUAUGUUUAUAUUAGUUUUAGAAUACGUGGGUACAAGGUACCGUACAAUGGUAUCGAAUCUCUCGAUAGCGUUCUUCUUCGGAGGAGGCUGUAUUAUUUUGCCCUGGCUAGCUUUAUGGAUAUCAGAUUGGAAAUAUUUUAUGAUAGCAACAUCGUCGCCUAUGCUAUUGGCGUUUUUUGCUCCUUUUGUUGUUCCAGAAAGUGCAAGGUGGUUGGUUUCAAAAGGAAAGAUAGACAGAGCUGUGAAGGUUUUAAAACGCUUUGAGAAAAUUAAUGGAAAUAAAAUACCACAAAAUGUUAUGGAUCAAUUUAUUGAAGUCGCAAACACCACAAAAGAAGAAGAGAAAGGUAUCGGGCUGAUAUUUCGAACGCCGGCUCUUCGCAAAAUGGUGAUUUUCCUUAUAAUCACGUUCGUGGCUGUUGCUGUCAUGUUUGACAGCAUCAUUCGUUUAUCUGAGAACUUGGGACUGGACUUCUUCCUGACAUUCACAGUCACGUCAGCUACGGAGAUUCCAUCCAUAUUCGUGUUGCUUUUGUUAUUAGACAGACUGGGUCGCCGUUGGCUGGUAUUUGUACCAAUGAUGGCUGCGGGAAUAUUGUGUUUCGUCACUGCUUUUGUACCAAGAGGGAUAACAUCUGUGGCCCUUGCGGUGGCAGCUCGAUUCUUCAACAACAUGUCAUAUGUCAGCGUGAUUCAGUGGACUCCAGAAUUACUGCCCACAGUUGUGAGGGCAUCGGGAGCCUCCUUUGUACACAUCAGUGCCUUUGCAGCUGUUUUGGUGACUCCAUUCAUAGUUUACUCGGAUCGUGUUUGGGAAGGUUUAUCACUAAUCAUCGUGGCAGUGAUUGGCUUGAGUGGGGCAUCCCUGGCUCUAGCGUUGCCAGAAACGAAAGGCAGGCGUAUGCCACAAACAGUCGAAGAAUGGGAGGCCCUGGCACAUAAACAACACGCCAAGAAAGGUAUUGCUUCCGUCGAAUACAUUGAUACCAGCUGAUAUCAGGUGUUGUUAAUAAAUUUAUUGCUAAAUGUACUGUUUAUUAUAAAUUUUAUUAUUAUAG